AUGCGUUACCUACUACAACUACAGCCAAACCAGCUCCCCUACUACAACUACAGGUACACCAGCUACAACCACAGCAGUUCCCACUACAACCAAAGCCACCCCAGCUAUGACAACUGCAGAUCCCACUACAACCACUGCAACACCUACUACAACUACAGCUACCCCAGCUACAACUACUACAGCCCUAACUACAAUCACAACCACAGACGCCCCAGGUACGACCAGUCCAGCCCCAAUAACAACCACAACCAAUGCAGCAACCGCUACAACCACAGGCACCGCAACUACAACCACUGCAGCCCCAACUACAAUCACCACCACAGCCGCCCCCACUACAACCACUGUAGCAGCUACCAGAACUGCAGCUGCCCCAGCUACAACCAGUGCAGCCCCAAUUACAACCACAACCACUGUAUCACCUACUACAAGUACAGCCAAACCAGCUACAAACACUGCAGCCCUAAUUACAAACACAACCACAGCCACACCAGCUACAACCACUGCAGCCCCCAUUACAACCACUGCAGCCACCACUACAGCCAAAGCUGCCCCAGCUACAACCAUUGCAGCCCCCACUACAACAAAUGCAGCAACUACUACAACUACAGCCACCCCAACUACAACCACUGCUGCCCUAAUUACAAUCACAACCACAGCCGCCACAGCUACAACCACUGCAGCCCCUACUACAACUACAUCCACUCCGGCUACAACCACCGCAACACCUACUACAACUACAGCUACCCCAGCUACAACUACUACAGCCCUAACUACAAUCACAUCCACAAACGCCCCAGGUACAACCAGUACAGCCCCAAUUAUGACCACAACCACUGCAUCACCUACUACAACUACAGCCAAACCAGCUACAACCACUGCAGCCCCAAUUACAACCACAACGACUGCAGCACCUACUACAACUACAGCCACCCCAGUUACAACCACUGCAGCCCUAAUUACAAUCACAACCACAGCCGCCCAAGCUACAACCACUGCAGCCUCAACUACAACCAAAUCCACCUUAGCUACAAACACUGCAUCCCCCAAUACAACCGCUACAGCCCCUAUUACAACUACAGCCACACCAGCUACAACCACAGCAGUUCCCACUACAACCAAAGCCACCCCAGCUAUGACAACUGUAGAUCCCACUACAACCACUGCAACACCUACUACAACUACAGCUACCCCAGCUACAACUACUACAGACCUAACUACAAUCACAACCACAGAUGCCCCAGGUACAACCAGUCCAGCCCCAAUUACAACCACCACCACAGCAGCCCCCACUACAACCACUGCAGCAACUACCAGAACUGCAGCUGCCCCAGCUACAACCACCCCCACUACAAACUCUACAGCACCUAUUACAACUACAGCCACACCAGCUACAACCACAGCAGCCCCAACUAUAAUCACAACCACAGCCACCCUUCCUACAACCACUACAACUCCCGCUACAACCACAGCCCCUACUACAACUACAGGUACACCAGCUACAACCACAGCAGUUCCCACUACAACCAAAGCCACCACAGCUAUGGCAACUGCAGAUCCCACUACAACCACUGCAACACCUACUACAACUACAGCUACCCCAGCUACAACUACUACAGCCCUAACUACAAUCACAACCACAGACGCCCCAGGUACGACCAGUCCAGCCCCAAUAACAACCACAACCAAUGCAGCAACCGCUACAACCACAGGCACCGCAACUACAACCACUGCAGCCCCAACUACAAUCACCACCACAGCCGCCCCCACUACAACCACUGUAGCAGCUACCAGAACUGCAGCUGCCCCAGCUACAACCAGUGCAGCCCCAAUUACAACCACAACCACUGUAUCACCUACUACAAGUACAGCCAAACCAGCUACAAACACUGCAGCCCUAAUUACAAACACAACCACAGCCGCCUCAGCUACAACCACUGCAGCCCCCACUACAACCACUGCAGCAACUACUACAAAAACAGCCACCCCAACUACAACAACUGCAGCCCCAACAACAACCACAGCUACAACCACUGCAGCCCCUACUACAACUACAGCUACCCCAGCUACAACUACUACAGCCCUAACUACAAUCACAUCCACAAACGCCCCAGGUACAACCAGUACAGCCCCAAUUAUGACCACAACCACUGCAUCACCUACUACAACUACAGCCAAACCAGCUACAACCGCUGCAGCCCCCACUACAACGACUGCAGCACCUACUACAACUACAGCCACCCCAGUUACAACCACUGCAGCCCUAAUUACAAUCACAACCACAGCCGCCCAAGCUACAACCACUGCAGCCUCAACUACAACCAAAGCCACCUUAGCUACAACCACUGCAUCCCCCAAUACAACCGCUACAGCCCCUAUUACAACUACAGCCACACCAGCUACAACCACAGCAGUUCCCACUACAACCAAAGCCACCCCAGCUACGACAACUGA